AAUGACUCCCUAAAAUAAAGAAAAGAUAUGUGUGAUUCACAUAGUUGAUACUGCGAGUACGGAGAAGAUAAAAAUGUUUGAUGACGAAAAACUUUUGAAAUGUAAAAAUGCUCUACUUGUUUACAAGUUUCGAACAAAUUCAAAAUUCAGUGGAUUAAACCUACCUGAAACUCCUGAUGACACCCAGGGCUAUCACUCUUCCUGUUAUAGUAAAUUCACUGCUGUUUCCAGCAGUCAGAUAAAAUUAGCCAAAGAAAAACAGUGCAAUAAAAACAGUGAAAGUGCAAGUGCAGUUCAAGAUUCUUCAAGCGUUCCAGAUGCAGAAACAGCUUGUGCAACACAAAGCAAUUCUAACACUCCUGCACGUAAUUUAAGAUCUGGGAAACAGCCUAAUGUCAGCAAUACAAGAACUGGCGUUUUUUUAAUCGCUGUCUUUUUUGUGAUAAAGUACGAAAGGAACAUAAUGGGAAAAAUGAAUGUCUUACAAGUUGCUCGACAGAAAAUAUUCAAAUCGGUAUAAUGAAUGACGCCAUAAUCCUCGACGAUGAAGCCAUAGUAAGAAAGAUAGGGAAUCUCGAAUCGAACUUGCAAUUCGUUUCUAAAGAAAUAAAAUAUCAUAAUUCGUGCCGGAAAAAGUUUGCUUCUGCAGCCAAAAGUGCAGUAAAGAAACGAGAAGAGGAACAUCAAUCCAAGUGGGUUUUAAACAAGAGCAUUAGGGAAAACGCUAUGCAAAAAAUUAUAGCUUUUUUGGAAGAAAAAAUCAUGAAGGAAGAAGAGGUUCAUCGUGUGAAAGAUAUCACAAAACACUAUCGAUUGCUGCUAUCCGAACUUGGUUUGGAUUAUAAUAGUAUUUGUAGAGUGCGUAAGUGUGAGGUAUUAGAGAAAUUGAUCAGCUAUUUUGGUGACAAAGUAACAGUCAUAAAUCACACUGUCGAAGGCGUUGGACAAAUCAUUUUCAAAUCCGACUUGAGCGUCGACAAGGCUUUACUGACAACUUU